AUGGACCAAGGCGUGAACAUCAAAGAAGAGAAGCGGGUAGAGGAAGUGGUCCAUGUGGAGGGAGACAUCGCCCAGCAAGGCCGGCGUAUCAUAAAGGAGCAUCGUUUCCCGCCAUCUUGGCGCGUCACGUGGCUGGGAAUCUUCUGCCAGGGCUUCAGCAUCACGCUCGACAUCGUACUGCACAAGAAGCUGGAGCAGGACCCGCUUUACGGUGUCGAGAUCGCCGUAGCCGUCGGCGACGUCAAGGAAAUCGGUGGCAUCAUGGGAUAUGUGGUCGGCAGCGUGCUCAUGCAGGCGACCGGUCGAGUCACGGCACUCUACCUCUACGGAAUCGGCAUGGUAUUUGGCACAAUGGUGACGGUGCUGUCCACAAUGCUGCCCCAACUGCCGACGGGAUUCUUGAUCUGCGUGUUCCAGGCCGUGUCAGGCGUGUUCAUGGCCGUCGGUAGCCUGACCGGAUACGUCUACCUGACCGAGGUGGCUCCAGACGAAGACCGCGGCGUCGUGGCCGGCAUCGAGCACUGCUGCUACCUGCUCGGCCGCCUGGUCGGUGGCUCGCCGUCGUCUCCCUGGAUACCAAGCGUGUUCUACAUCUUCUGCAUGAGAUGGGUCAUUGAGUCACCACUGUGGCUUCUGCAGGUGCAGAAAUUCCAAAACCUCCAGCUGGUGGGCAGCAAUGACAUCUUCUUCGGCCGGAAGGACCUCAUCAUGGUCGUCUUCGAGAUUUUAAUCAUGCCGGGCAUCAUCUUCCUGAUGGACACUAUCGGUCGGCGAUUCCUGCUCUAUACCUCCACGGUGCUGCUCACAGUAAUCCUGCUCUUGAGCGCCUACCUCGUCCACCGCACAAUACACGCCGAGUCGCUUGCCGAGAACGCCACCUUCGAGCGGGCCGUCAUGUGCGCUUCCCUUUGUUACGUGGUCGCCAACUCCGUGGGACUGGGACCCGUCUCCUUUCUGUUGUGCACCGAGGUACUACCGCCGCGGCGCCACGGUCUACUCGCUGGCGUCCUGUACAGUGGGGUCCACGUCCUGUUCUUCCUGUUUCGCUGGUCGAUGCGCUCGGAUUCCUAUCAGGUAUGGUACUUCGCGGCGGCUGGUGCUUCGGGAGGCUUUUCGCUGCUGGUGCUCAUAUUUUUCUUGCCGGAGACAAAGCUGCUGCCGUUAGACAGGAUACCGAACCUGUUUAGCGACGACCCCCGCUUGCGGCAAGCAGCGGCCCGAGCUCCGGAGAGCGCCGGAGGCACGCACGAACUUGUGGAGAAACAGGUUGUGCACCAGUUCCCGCUCAGGGACUUCGCUGACACCUACGAGCCGCCCGAAUUCGUGGAAGAUACGGAAACGACCACUUCCGAACUAGAAUGA